AUUGAAAAUUUUUAAUAGAUGUCUUUAGACAAGAAUAUACCCAAAACAGAGGAAAUGGAAGAAAGCCCAUUUUUCUACUUGGAUGAAAUACAAGCAAAUUUCUACAAACUGUUUUCUCUUUUUUACAGUGGAAUAGGAAUUAUUCAAAGAGAUUCGCCAGCUAAAAAUGAAAAGCCAGACCAAGAUGCAAUACUUCGGCUGGAGAAUAACAUAAAGGAGAUCAUAGGGCAGUUUAUAACCACAAGAGAAAAGCUAGAAGAAAGGAUAUUAAAAAUAGAAAAAGAGAAGCCUUCUUUUGACUCAUUAGAAAAUCUAUUAGAAAAAACAAGAGAAUUAGACAAAAUUAUGCAGAAUAAAGUAAAAGUGCUAGAAGAAGAGCUUCCUUUAUUCAGAGAGGCGGUGGAAGAGAUAAUUGAAGAAAUUGACCAAAUAUAAUUUAUUUUGGA